UUCCGCAGCACUGACAAUUGUAGGUCGUCCUUGGUUGUUUCAUUCAUUACGACGCAUUUACAUGAGGAAAGUCGGGAUCCGAGAUUGAGCUAAAUAGUAACUGUUAAAGCUAUAGAACAUGGUGGUCACAUCGGCUAGUGCGUAUGUUUGUCUUCUUGGUGUGCUUUACGCCGCAGUGUUCACCACAACGGACGACACUCUAAAGGGUUCUAACAAGACCGCCGUCUACACCCUGACAUUUUACACCUGUGACGUGGAACAGGCCGGAACCGAGGACGUAGUCAAUGUCACACUAACAGGGUGCAGCAGAGAGAGUGUGGCACUGCAGUUUGAUGGAGAAGACGCGCAAGGCAACCUUACCAUAUUCUCACAGGGAAACACAUACAUCAAUAAGAAAGAAGUCACUGACGUCGGUCCCAUCUUUCAGAUCCUUGUUAAACGAAACGAGACAAAGCCAAAUGACGGAUGGAAACUCGGAAAUGUAAGAACACUAUGGUUUUUAGUGCGCAAGGUGUUUAUCUGAGCAUACGAAAAUAUUUUUCAGACAAAUGUCUGGGGCAUCUAGUAGUGAGCGCGCUAGCGCAGCACAGAGAUCAUGGAGGCACUCAGCAAUGUGAUCGCCAUGAGAGUAAUUUCAGCAUUCAUGCUGGCUUCCUCUGUGGUCGUUCAUGGGAAGGUCUGUCAGCAACCUGAGCAUGGUCGUGGGGUUUCUCAGAGCCCGGUUUACUCCCACCGAAAUACCUGCCGCCGUCUUAUUAGUGAAAUAUACUUGCGCAUGGCGUAAAACUCUAAACACAUAAAUAACUAAAUAAAUGAGAAGAGUGUAAACACCAGUUGUAGCUCCUUGACGGCUUGACACCAAUGAUAAUACCUUGAAAGAGCCUUUCUCAAAAUGUACAUCACAUAUAGCUUCCGACCUGAUGUGGCUUGUGUUUACUAUAUUUCAGGUAUCCGUGUCAUACCUGAAUGACAUGGCAAGUUUUAAAGUUUCAGAUUGCUUAGAAAAGGAGGAUAUGGCCUGGGUAAAGAAAGGCCGGUCUAUCAAUCGAACAGGUAUUUAUUUGUGUAUUCAUUUGAGUGUUGUUUUACGCCAUACUCAAGAAUAUUUCACUUACACAACGGCUACCAGCAUUAUUGUGGGCGGAAACUGCGUAGAACUCUGGGAAACCCACGAUCAUCCGCAGGUUAUUGACAGAACCUCCCAAGUACAUUUAAAAUGUGGAACGGCUAUUGUCCCUGACAUCAAUGUAUGAGUGUACAUACUGCCCGUA